AAGCAAACACAUCAAAGAUGCUUGUAACCCUGUUCAUAAUAAUCCUUCGUUAUUGCCGUGUAAAAUGUCAAAUGGAGAAAAGUAUAAUUUGGGACAAGAACCAACAAGAUUUCGUUCAACUGUACAAUGAUUCAAGAUUCCGCGAUUUCCGAAGACAAACGAUUUCCACGAGGCAAGAUUUACAUAUGAAAGAUAUCAGUGGAAAAGUUCUGAGAGCUUCUUACUACGAGGUUUUAAACAGAUCCCUUAUAAGCAUAUGAAUUGCCCGUAAAUUCGAGGCGUUGUUCCGCGAGACUCAAAGAAUACUUCAUCGUUAUACUUUAGGAACAGGAUUUAGUUAUGUUUUAUGAGAACGACACGAAGGUGACUGGAAUCUGUGGCGAUAUAUGGAACCUGCUCGCAUAUCAUCUCAAUUUCACGUUGAUACCAGUGAAAUACGGAGAACAUCACUUCGGAGAACGCUUGGAAAACGGAAGUUACAACGGUGUAAUGGGGUUGCUCGAUCGAAAUGAAACGCAAGUGAUUUUGCGAACAGGAUAUUAUGCUCUCCGCACGAAUCUAUUCGACUAUACUGUACCCGUUUGGAAUACCAAGUACCGAUUGCAUAUAAAGCCAAAAUACGAAUACGACAACAGGUGGCUGUUGAGCAUGUUUACACGCGAAACUCUGUGCACUCACAUUUUUCUAAUCCUGAUAUUUGCUGUCGCUGGUUACAUUUUUCAAUAUGGAUCACGCAAAAAUCGCAAAAGAAAUAAACAAUCAAAGUCAAGGAGUGGAUACUUCAAUUUCGCCGACCAUAUCUUUUACACAUAUUCCAUAAUGUGCUGUCAAGGAUAUCUUCCGCGAGGUUUUUGUGAUCAGAGCAAGAUAUUAUCCACAUCGAAAUUUUUAUUCGCUUGGUUGAUGCUGCUGAUUUUCAGCUCUAAUCUUAUUUAUCGAAUGACAAAUCGGUCUAUGACACCACCGUUUGUCGAUUUUGACACGUUGUUGAAGCAAUCGAAAUACAACGUUCUAAUUUUCGAAGGAUCUAUAAUCUACGAAUUCGUAAAGAAUGCCAUUCAUUUGCCAAUGUACGACAAUUACAAAUUAUCGGAACGUAUCUUCUUUGAGAAAAAUUUAAGUUUCAUAUACAAGGAAGUUUGUUCUGGCAAAAAAUUAAUCGCCACUUUGGAGAACGAAAACAAAGCAUAUUCAAGAAGCAAAGAUUUCUGUCCGAUCGUACCAGUGGGAAAAAAUUAUUUUCAAACUUGGAUUGGAUUUGGUGUACCAAAACGUUUUCCGUACAAACGUUCCAUCGACACAUCAAUAAUAAAAUUACACGAAGUUGGCCUAAUAGAUAUCUUAAAAGAUCGCUGGAUGAACUAUCGCAGAAACAAUAUAGAAAGGAGUCCUUUCAAAAGGAUCGACAUAAAUCAAGUUUAUCUAAUUUUUGAGAUGCUUUUUAUUGGUAUUGUUCUUUCCCUCAUAAUACUUUCAUUAGAAAAUCUAAUAUUCUUUUGUAGAAAGGAGCUUACGUAAUUACUGUUGUAGCUAUGAUAAAUGAUAAUAAAUGAGAUAUGGUAAUACAACA